AUGCUCCCAGGAGAAAGAAAAAUUGCGAGAGCAAGAACUGACCGGAGAGGAAGGCUACUUGAGGAGAAGUUCUCCUGCAGACUGGUCUCCGCCGGGCCCGACCGGGUGCUCUGGGCCACGACUGUCCCAUGGAGUUUUGCUCCCAGUGAGGCGGAGCCCAGCCCCUGUGUCUCCGGGUCAGACAGUCAUUGCGUCCUCCCUCCCGGGGUGGGGCACAACCUUCCUACAGGACACUGUCCCUCACUUGAGACAGCUGUGCUUGGGAAGCGGGCGACCAUCACUCCGUCCGAGGCCAACGCUCCCAGCAGCUGA